GAUAAACAAAGUGAAUCUAGACAGUACAUGUACAGUAGUGCAAGGAUCCACUAAAACGCUACUCGUUCGCCUUUCUUAGAAGAGCGGAUUUUCUGCAUUACGUAGAACUCUGGCUCUACUUUUACAGUGCUACAAAAUGAAAGGAUCGUCUGUUGAGAGGCUCCAGAAUCGGACCGCCUUGCAAACGUUCAACAAAGUUUAAAACUAUCAACGCAAAGGUACGAAGGCGACAAAAAAACAUAUAAAGUUUAUCAUCUUUUAUUUUAUCGCUGAAGUUAAGCGGCCUGGCAUUUGUCCUAAAUAGAAGCGUUCGUCUUCUGAGAUGAAUUGUCACAAUUCUGAAGCGAAUUUGUUUUAAGUGUUUGUUCAAAUCAGCGAUUCGACGAACACUAAAGAACUGCAAAAUGUUGACAGGAUCCAAGUCGUCUUUUAAAAUAAAACAGUUUGCCCCGGAAUUCAAGAUACCGGAAAAAGGAAUGAACUCCACCAAUAGAAAUGGACAAAGCAAAGAGCUGUAUGGAUUUCAGUGUCUACCAGGAGAGUUUGUCCUUCAAAGAGCACCGCUUGUAAAGAGGCAAGAUGCAGGAGGAAGAAUGUUAAAAGGACCGCUUUUUUGUACGACAUUCAGAAUCGUCUUUGUACCUGAAAGAGACCAAAAAUCUAAGGCUGACAGCUCCGAUCCAGUCUUCCUCAGGGACCAAGAUAUAGUUUUGGCCUCCAUUGAAAGAGUGGUAGCUGGAAAUGCUUUGAAAACAAAAAUUAUAACACCUAGCUCUCAUCUAAAGUUUGUACCUGAAGAGUUAAUCAUUUAUUGCAAGGAUCUCAGAAUUAUUCACUUCCAAUUUGAAAGGAUGACAUCAGAUUUGCAGGCUAUUGAAAUAACACUUACAAUUGCAAGGACCUACCAACCAGUAAAGCCUGGAGCUCCUUAUGCCUUUCAAAAAUCAAUUUUUGGAAAUUCAGAGAUGAAGCAAUUGCUAAGUAAUCGAGUGCCUGACUCAUUAAUGAACUGGUUUGAGGGAUCUCAAGAGUGGGAGAGAGAAUUGUUGCGUACUGGUGCCACUGGCUGGAGGGUGAGCUCAGUUAACGAUCGAUUUGAAAUGGCUCCCAGUCUUCAGAAGUUCAAUGUUGUGCCAAAACAGAUUCUGGAUAAUGACCUGAAAAAAACAUUUGCACAUUUUUCCGAUGGACGCAUCCCACGAUGGUGCUGGCAUCACCCUGGGGGAUCAGAUCUACUUCGAAUGGCUACUUUCCAGAACAAUAUGUAUCAUGAAAAGGAUGACAUCCGGCACUUAGAAGCCUUGCUGUUUGGAUGUCAUCCUCAGUGUGUUAUUGUUGAUCUUGGAGAUGAAUUGCCAACACCAGUGGAUAUCCAGGCAGCUCAUUCCCGGCUGCGAACCCUUUGUCUUGGAGAUAUUCCAGCAUCAGUAUCACCAUCAGACGAGAAGUGGCUUUCAGCUCUCGAGAUGACCAAGUGGUUGGACCAUGUAAGGUCAUGUCUUAAAAAAUCAAUUGAAGUCUGUUGCCUUUUAUCAGAUGGACAUCUAACAGUAAUCCUGCAGGAAUCUGAUGACCGGGACCUCAGCUGUGCUGUGUCUAGUCUAGUCCAGCUCAUGUGUGACCCACAUUCCCGGACAUUGUCAGGCUUUCAGAGUCUGGUCCAAAAAGAAUGGGCAGUGGCUGGCCAUCGUUUUUUAAACAGAUUUAACUAUAGCGGGGACAAUGAGAAGGAGGAGUCUCCUGUGUUCUUACUUUUCCUUGACUGCGUGUGGCAACUUCUCAAACAAUUCCCUUCAUUCUUUGAAAUCACUGAAGACUACUUGCUAGCUGUGCAUGACAGCACCUACAUUCCCAUCUUCAACACCUUCCUAGCCAACUGUCAGCGUGAGAGAGCACGCAGAAUCCAGCAUACGUCACAAAGCUACACUCCUGUCAAUGGCUGGUAUGAUGUGGUGAAUAGACAGAUUGUUCUGAGCUCUGCUGGCUGCCCUCUGCCUUCAGUGUGGGACUGGGCCCUCCAGUGUAGCCCAAAGCGACGGGCACAGUUCUGCCAUCCUGGAUACACUUCUAAUCAGUGGAUAAACAGGUGCUCAGAUUUGCCCAGCUUUCAUAAGUCUGAUGCCAGCUCAUCAAGCCUUGGUCCCGUUAUGAUGUUUGCUAAAGGAUCUCUGACCACACCUUCACAAAUCCUACCUUGGAGAAGUACAACAUCUUACCGAUGGGGUCACCGUAAGACCUCCUCAAUUGAGAGUCUUCCAGGAUUGGACUGGGUUCUUAAAAGCUACAAGAAGUCUGAGAAUUCAAAGAACAUCCAGGGACUGGAACAGAAUUCCCCAGUCCCAUACCAGUGUGAAUCUUUUCAGCCCCUUGUGCCUCUUCUCUGUGGACCAUAUAUAUGCUUAUGGAGAAGUUGCUAUCUGCGAGGUUCACAGGAGAUUCAGUGCUUUCUCCAUACAUCAUCUCAUCCCUGCUUAGAGCUAUUGGCUUCUGAAGUGGAUGAACUUCGUUGCAAACUGAAGGAAGCACUAAAGCAGCAACUCACCAGUACUUGUGCUGUAGAGAACUGCAACAACAGUAACAACAGUGAAAACUCAGGGGUUGAGGGUAUAAAUGAGAAAAUCAUGAAGGAGAGAAGAAUCUGCACAGACAAUGCAAAUGAUCAUCAAAUAAUUUCAGGCACCUUUGACUUACAACAUGUAAAAACUCCAGUUCACCAGGAAAAUAAUGCUCAGUUGUUCUCAUCUGAGAGGUGAAAGGCAGUCUUUGCCUUUUCAUUAACUUAUAAGGUCCAAUUAUAUUUUGUAUUUAUUUUUAAUGUUCACUUUCUCCUGUGCAUACAGAAUCCAGGAUAAUGAUACUGGGUUGGUAUAGUAUGACAGCAUUGCAUCACGAUUAUCUUUCUCUUGCUUCACCUCCAUGAUCAUUAUUUAACAAAUUUACAUUAGUACUUCACAGAAGCAUGACCGCUGCUGCUUGCACAUUCUUACUAAGAGAAGCGUAUUAAAAAAUGUCCAAAUCCCAAAUGCAAAGCCAGAAUUGGUACGGGAUUUUUUUAUAUAUUAUUAUAUAUUAUGAGCUUCUGAUAGACAAUAUAUCCACCAUGUCUUUUGAACACAAUACUUUAUGCAAUUUACGAUGGCUUUGUUGUAUAAUGCUUAUGAAAGGAAACUUAAAAUCACCAGUAAAAUGUAGAAAUUAGCCUACAUUUCAUAUUAUAUGCUCUCUGUUGAAUUUAAAAUAAUUGCAUAAUUUUACAUUUAAAACAUUUUAAACAGAAUUUCUAUAAUUUGGCUUUUCCCUUCAAACACAUUUCUAAGUGGUCUUGAUUAGAUUAUAUACAGGGUGGGCCAUUUAUAUGGAUACCCCUUAAUAAAAUGGGAAUGGUUGGUGAUAUUAACUUCCUG